AUGGACCGUGCCAAUCCCCGCAGCCCUGCAGUCAUCCGCUUUCGCCCCCCGGUGCGCAGCUACCCUGAGCAGCCCAGCUACCCUGAGCAGCCCAGCUACCCUGAGCAACUUCCAUUGCCCGGUGCUCCCAGCUCUUUCAAUUGGUCCCCCAGUUCCCAACUUUCACCAACGACACUUUCCCCAACUUCACCAGCAGCUGCUUCCAGCCCGGGGAAACCAUCCAGGUUGCUUGGGUCCCCCGUGUCUUCGGGAUGGCAACCCACCCUGGCUCCGGUGGGGUUCCGGCCACGGCCGACCCCGGGCUGCCUCUGGCAGCGCCCCGUGCCGACGGCGCCGCAGCACGAGGAUCCUCCGGCGGCGCCCCCAGAGAGCGACGGUAGCGAAAGCGGGGCGGAUGCGCCGGAGGAGGCAUCAGUGAAGCCUCCACCACGAAGAGCUCCCGGCAAGGCCGUCCCGCUGCGCCCGGCACCUGCUGCGAUCGAGCCGGAAGCGCUGCCCGAGUCGACGCGGUCGACGCCACAGAAAGUGCCGCAGCCAGCGCCGAAAGUGCGAAGCACUGCAGCUGCACCUGGAACAAUUUCAGCGGCGCUGGAUCCGCCCAGCUCUGACUCGGAUUCGUCGAAUGACGCGCCAGAAGCCCCGCCGGAGGAGCCCAAGAAGCCCAAGGUGAGUUUGCGGAAACCGUUGACGAAGAAGCCCUCCAAGGUGGAAAGCAAAACGGUGGAGGCAUCCAACAAAGAAAAGAAGGUCACCAUUGCGGCUGAGGAAACCAAAACAACGACUCCGCCUGCCACGCCUGUCCCUGCGACACCUGCGACACCUGCGACACCUGCGACACCUGCGACACCUGGAAGCGCCAAGAGCUUUCUGUCAGACUCUGAGGAGGAAGAUGUGGCACCGGCGGACCGCGAGAUCCUUCCUGGUGAAGGCAGCGUCGCCACGCGUCUGCCGCGCGUGCGCGCCGCGGGGAGGCGGAGGGACGAUGCCACCCACGAGGCAAUCCUACAAAGCGCCGCGAUGGCGCAGGUCGAGGAACCUGAGCCGGAAGUGGCGCUGGAAUCCGCCUCGCAGGAGGAGAAAUCCAAAGCUCGGCUCCAGAGACGGCAAGCCAUCGAGAAUAACCUGGAAGUGAGUGAGAAGGCCCUGGAAUGUAUCGCAGUGUGCACGGGCGCGCAGCCACGUGCACUGGAGCCGCGGCACGGCUUUGCCAUCUGA